AUGGCCCGCCGGAAACAGCACGAUUUGAAUUGUCGGUCGGCCGGCAUUUCAUGGCCAACCACAUCACUGACUGAAGUAGCACUAAAGUCGCAAUUUGAUGGAGAGCGAUGGCCAGAUUCCGGGGGAGAAGCCGACCCUGCAACGCGCGGCAGCGAUACCCAAGAGGAACAAAACCUGCAAAACCGGUUGACAAAGGAUUGGGAUCAGGUUCUGCUGCAGAGUAGCGGGCGGGAUCCUCAGCCAGUAGGGGAUAAUUGGGCAAACUCGAGUCAGAGAAGAAAAACAUCGAACUUCUUGGCAAAUGCGGAUGUCUUGGUGUGAAUAUUCAGGUUUUAUGCAGGAAUUCUAACUGUAGCAAUGUCGUAGUUGCCCUGCAUCGGCUCUCUUGAAGCCAUCAAAGGUAUUUAAGACCGGGCCGCACCGGAAGUUUGCUUAGACGCCUAACAAAGGCAGCUUUUAGCGGUGAACUUUCAAU